UUGCUACCAAAUCUGAAACCAGUAUCAUUGUUUCAAUCGGUGUUUUGCAGCAACAACUCCCAGUAGUUCAUUCAAAAUGUUCAAAGUCACCCUUUUGAUUGCCUCUUUGGCCUACGCCAGUGCUGGUUACGCUGGAUUGGAUCAUUCUUAUGCCGCCCCUGUUGCUGCACACUACUCGUCUGCUCCAUCCGUGAGCUACAGCACUUUCUCACGCAGCCACGAACCAUCUCUGGGCCAUGGAUACGCCCACGCUACUCCAGUUCUGGCUGCUCCAACCCAAGUAUACUCCGCCCCUCUCACCAAGGCUUACACUCACGGAUUCAACUAUGCUCCAGCUCUAUCCUAUGGUCACGGAUAUGCUCCAGCCGUGUCCCAUAAUAGCUAUGGAUAUUCUGGAUACGCUGCUCCACUGACCACCAAAACCGUUGCCAUUGCCCAGCCUCAGCUGUACCACCAGAACUCAUAUGCCACCCAUGCUGCUCCAGUUUUGGCCCACCAUGGCUACAACUACGGUGGAUCACAUCUCCUAGGGUACAACAACCAUCACGGUCAUUACGCUUAUUAAAAUCAGCCAAAGUGAACUCGCAUUAGAUUUAAACACCUGUUGAACUGGAUUACACACUAUAUUGACUUGGAAUCGCCCUUGAGUUGUUUUACUUUUCAAUCAAUUUCCCUGCCAACUACAAGACAGUUGAGGCGCUGGAUGAUUUGCCAAAUAUUUGCACUCGCCGUUCAAUAUGUUUUGUGGGGUGUAUUCGUCUGCCGUGAAUUAUCGUGAUCUGCUGCUGCUGUUGUAG